AUGGCGGCGGCGGCGGCGACGCCGACGGCGAGCAGGGGGCCGACGCGCGCGCUGGCCAUCCUAGGGCGGUGCGUGCGCGCGCCGUUCCGCGUCCUGGUCCGCGCGCGGGACCUGUACGUGAGCCUGCUGGCGGCGUGCGCGGGGGGCGGGGGGCGGGGAGGCCUGGGCCCCGUGGGGCUGGUGGCGAUGCCGCGGUGCCAGAGCCACGGGUUCUACCGCUCGGCGGCGGGCGGCGGCACCGACGAAGACGUGCGGGAGCUCAUCAGGGCGGCCACCCGCGCCGGCCCGCCCAGGGUCGGGCCGCGGAGCCAGAGCGUGGCCAUCGGCCGGAUCGACGAGGACAGCCCGUGCGAGUUCGGGCUGGACCACGAGGAGAGGGCGCAGGCGCUCAUGGGGCCCCGGAGCAAGAGCUGCGCCGUGGGGCCGUCGGCCAGGACCGCGGCACGCAGUCGCAGGGCUGCUGGCGUCGCGGCGGCUUAA